CUCCUCCGCACCCAGCCCGCCCUCCCGUCACCUCCGCGCCACUGCCUAGGUCUAGUCGAGAACGCUCAGCUCGGGCGGCGCGGCUCCACGCUGCUGGGAGGGCCGCGCCGGUCACUUUCUGCAGCCGCGACUCCACCAGCUUCCUUCACUGUCCUUGCCUGGGGUGCUGUGCAGCUCUAGUCCCGGCCCGCUGAAGCCACCUGCCUCAGUGCCCGGAGGACAUGCGGGAGAGAGGAUGAGCCAGAGGGACACGCUGGUGCAUCUGUUUGCCGGAGGAUGUGGUGGUACCGUGGGAGCUAUUCUGACAUGUCCACUGGAGGUUGUGAAAACACGGCUGCAGUCAUCUUCUCUGACACUGUACGUCUCUGAAGUUCAGCUGAACACCAUGGCUGGAGCCAGCGUCAACCGAGUAGUGUCUCCCGGCCCCCUCCACUGCCUAAAGGUGAUCUUGGAAAAAGAAGGGCCUCGUUCCUUGUUCAGAGGAUUAGGCCCCAAUUUAGUGGGGGUAGCUCCUUCCAGAGCAAUAUACUUCGCUGCUUAUUCAAACUGCAAGGAAAAGUUGAAUGGUAUAUUUGAUCCUGAUUCUACCCAGGUACACAUGAUUUCAGCAGCAAUGGCAGGUUUUACUGCAAUCACAGCAACCAACCCCAUUUGGCUUGUAAAGACUCGGUUACAGCUUGACGCAAGGAACCGUGGGGAAAAGCGAAUGGGCGCUUUUGAAUGUGUUCGUAAAGUGUAUCAAGUAGAUGGACUUAGAGGAUUUUAUAGGGGCAUGUCUGCUUCAUAUGCUGGCAUAUCAGAGACUGUAAUCCAUUUUGUUAUUUAUGAAAGUAUUAAGCAAAAACUACUGGAAUAUAAGAUUGCUUCUACAAUGGAAAGUGAUGAAGAGACUGUAAAAGAUGCAUCCGAUUUCAUGGGAAUGAUGCUGGCUGCUGCCACCUCAAAAACUUGUGCCACAAGUAUAGCCUAUCCACACGAAGUCGUCAGGACAAGACUACGUGAAGAGGGAACGAAAUACAGAUCUUUCUUUCAGACACUGUCUUUGGUUGUUCAUGAAGAAGGCUACGGGUCUCUUUACCGUGGUCUAACGACUCAUCUGGUGAGACAGAUCCCCAACACAGCCAUUAUGAUGGCCACCUACGAACUGGUGGUCUACCUACUCAAUGGAUAGCGACGCCAGGCUGCUGCACUGAAGAGGGAUGACCAGACGAUGACAGUGGACCAUGGAGUAGCAGAACCAGCAUGGCGGGCAGCAGGAAACGGGUCUGGGGAUGUGCGACUGUGCCUGCGUGGGAGUCUGGCUGUCAGAAUUAAAGUGAUCACAACCACAUUACUUGGUCUCUUCAGUAAUGUGAACGAAGCCUGGGCUGCCUCCAAGAGAAGGCCUGUGGAAGCACUUCUUCCUCGAAAAUUGCCAUUUUCUCUACCAGGUCCACAGGACACAGCUGCAUUUUGUUUAUUUGUGGCAGAGUAUAGUGUUUUUUCCAUGAAUACCUUCCCACUCUCGUAAACAAAGCCAUCCUUAGUUAUAUACUAUUUAUAAAUUGCCCACAGAUAGUAUCAAAUUUCUCACUUUUGAAUUCUGUAUAAUUCUUACAAAGUAACAAAAAUAGUGACCUCCUGAGUAGUAUCUUCACAGUUCCUUUAGAGGAUCUGGCCCAAUACUUUAAAGUUAAUUAUUUGGCAUUAGUAGUCACUGUUUUUGACAACUAAUGAAAUAGCAUCUAAAUACCUUGUGUAUUUUUAUCUUUAAAAUGUGAGGUUUCCACUGCUAACCAACAGUUGUUUGAUUUUUAGCAUAAUGUGGGCACUUAGUACAUCAAACUCAAAUGGUAAUAGUUUGGGACAAUUAACCAGUAAAAUACUGAUUUUCAGCUAGUAAACUGUUGAUUGGAGACCAUUUCGGUAACUUGAGCAUAUCCUCAUGUCUUUUCUAACUCAACGAUAAAUGAAAAACUGCACGUGUCUAUUCUGUGGGUUAUGGGCUUUGAACCCACGUGUCAUAAUACCUAAGCAUCGUUUUCUUAAAGUGAAAGAAAUUUGCCACUUCUGAGUCUCAGUUUGCUUUCACAUUAAGAAUUUGAACCUUUGAAAUAUUAUCAGGUAGUCUGUAUAGAUCGCAUUUAUUGUAUAGAGAAAAUGGUGAUUUUUUCAGCUUUGCCCUUACAAGUUCGGUUUUUUUGUUGUUGUUGAAGGCGUCAGACACCUGGGGCAGUGACAGCGUAUGGAAGAGGGCCCUGCUGUCUGAGUGGACGGGCAGUGAUCCUAAUUGAUGAACAGUUUUGUAAAUGAACAUACUGCUUUUGCAAAGUUUAUCCUAAUUUCUUGAAAGGUAAAUCACAGAUGAAGUUAAUUCAGAGUAAGUGUGCUGGCAGGAUGCAGCUUUUACAUUUUGUUGUUAAGUUCAGCUGCACAUUUUAGUACUUUAAAUGUAUUACGUGUACAGCCCUGAUGGAGAUAGUGGCUGUAAUUCUAUUAGGAGACUUUAGCUUAUGGUUGUUGCUAUCCUGGUGUAAGAACAUGUCUACAAUUAAACUCCACGUGGUACUCAUUCCAGUACAAAGGAACUGUACGUCUUGUGCAAUGGCUUUAUCUUAAGAAUGACUCUUUGUGAAUGCACUUUGUGGCCUUUUGGGGCAGGCGGGUAGUCAGAGUAGGAGAGAAUUCCAUGUUAUUUUUUUAAACGUUGAUCAUGUAUUAGGCAGAAACAGUGUUCACAACAUUUUCCUGGGUUUUAGGAAAGUUGUUUUAGAGAUCUUUAAUGUAAAUGCUACAGUGACCUGACAGAAAAUUGCAGCAUGUCACUGCAAGCUUUCUCUCCUGUCACCAGGGGAACACGGUGCCCUCCUAAACUCUUCCGCCUCUCAGCUUCCUUGUAAUCGACAGUAACUGGAUGUUUUUGAGGUGCUUUGAUUGGAAUGUAAAAUGUUCCGAUCUACUUGGAGACCAAAGGCAAGUUCAGUUUUAUUAUCUUUGGGGUUAUUCAUAACUUUUAUGGUAAAUUUCAGCUCUGACAUUUAUUAUGAGGAACAUGCCCCCAAAAAUCCAACAAAACAGGGGUUUCUAACUUAAAUCGGUAGAAAAAGUCUCCAUCUGUAGUGUUUACCUUUUUGGUACAGUGCCACUCAUACUGCCUAACACAGUGCCAUUUGCCUUGUGAAGAUUCAUAAAUAUUUGUUUUGAAUGUAAGACAGAGACUCCCCCUUAUCUCUCUGAUCUCAGUACCCCACAAGUGAUGAAGAACGAUGUGGAAACCAGCAGCUAAAGAACAUCUUGUGUAGUUGUAGCAAAUCCGUGACACAUGUCCUUCAAGGAUGAACAUGUAUUCUAUUCCUGUUUGUACAACUUACCUUGACCUUUACUGCAGUAUAUUCAUCUUUUAAGAGUCAGUUUUAUGUAUGUCCUGGAAGGAAACAAUCCUAGAGUUUUAAAUUUUGAUUCUUUGUGCAGCAACUAGAAUGGAGCAGUGUCAUUUAUUAUAAUUGUCUUUUUUCCCCCGAAGCACCAUCUGCUGUAGUUUAUGUAGGACAGAGAUGAUUUUAAAAAGAAAACUAAAAAUUAUUUCUAAAAUUUGUCCCUGAACAUUUCUUUGGAGAUCUUGUUUUUUAGCUGAUGCAGAUGUUUAAAAAGAAAAACAUAUACUUAAAGCAUUGGACUUUUGUAACAUUUUAUUUCUAACAUAGAAGUAGUCAGCAACCUUCAGAUGGGUGUGUAUUUUUAUUGUAGAGCCUUCUCAGAAAAUUAGACUGAACCUAAUCAGGUUACAGCAGUAGAUGCUGAAAGAGCACAUUCUCAUAGAAGAACAGAAAGAACUGGUACCUGUGGCUCACAAAACAGUUUCCUAAAUUUUAAAGUCCAAAUCUGAGAAUUACUAGCCCUGUGAUUGUGGGCUGCCAUACAGUGCUUUUAUUUACUUGAUUUUUAACUGUAUUUUUUCCAUUAUCAUUUAACCCCAUUAUUACCGCCCCCGCCCCGCUCUCUCCCCACAGGUGGUCACCACCUUGUUGACCAUGACCAUGAGUCCCUUUUUUCGUUUUUGCUCGAUCACUCCAGGAAAAAACAAACACCCAAGCCUUGUCUUAAUUUUUAUUCUGUAUGUAACUAUGGAACCAGCCUUACUGGAUGGGGCCCACAGGUAAUUGAUUUGUAACUUUGAAACCAAAAAGAACACCAUUAGAUCAUUUAAGCCAAACUUUUGUGUUCUACAAAUCCAGUGCCCAUUGUAGGUUAGCAUCAGUAUGUUAGGACCAGCAGAGUUUGGGUUAAAAAUGAGUAUUUACUCUUCCUGGAGCAUAAACAUGUCAGUAUUUUUAGGUUUGUGUCAAAUCACUAAGAAUACUGAUUUGAACUUGAAGGAUUUAAACGCUAGAAGUCAGUCUGUCCUUUACUCUCUCCCCUUGUGCCCAUCUUCUGUUGUUUACACGCAUCUGCCCAGGCGGUUAGUGCUAUGGGGCUCUCUGCGGGCGGAUAAAUACGAUAGUUCAGCUUUCUCUUCCUCUGAUAUGGAUCAUGAUUUUAACAUUCCUAAGAAAAUAGAUAGUUCUGAAUGAUUUAAAUUGGAAGGAAUUUUAAUUGUAGAAAAAGUUUUAUGUACUAACUUCCUGCCCACUCAGAUCUUUUCUCUGUCAUGCCCUUAAUUUCUCAGUAAGCUACAUGCUGCUCUUCAUGCUACUCCUUUUAGAAGCUGAAAAUUCUGUUUCACUCAGUCUUUGUCUUAAUAAACAUUUUUGAAUGUGUACCCUGCAUAUGUGAACAAUGAAAUCUUGACCUUUCAGGCAUAGCUAAAUAAUCAACUUCAAGAGUUGAUAUCUUUUGACCAUUUGUAUGAGGGUUGUUAUUCUUAUAUUCUAUACAUGGCUGUAAAUUACUGUGCAUUUACUCUAUGUUAACUAGCUGGAUUUUAUUUGAAUUGUUAAAAUUUUAAAAAUUAAACUAUGCUUA